UCAUGGCAGACUGGUUGGAACAAAAAUUUGUUCGCCUUGGCGAACUAAAUAACGUAGAAGAAAAAAAAGAUAUAUUAUCUGAGAUAAAAAUAAAAUUAGAAAGUUUAAAUAAUAGAGAAACUGAACAAAUCUCUCGUAACGUGGAUUUUAGUCAAUUGUUUACUCAGUUAACCUCAAAUAACAGAGAAUAUAUAGAUCAAGUAUGUGAAAUUUUGAAGACAUUAUUUGGAAUUUUAGAACUUGGAGAAGUAUAUCAAAGAUAUUCAGCAGAAAUAUCUCAAUUAAUAAUUCAUCCAAUUGCUGAAGUUAGGUCACUUGUGUUGCAUGAAAUUUUAUGUAUUGUUUCUAAUUCUCAAAAGAUAUCUUUAAUUAUCAAAGAUAUCAGUUUGUUAGUUGCUAUUAUAAAUAGGAUUGCAGAUGAAAAUUUAAUGGUAGCUAAAUGUGCAAUGUGUAUAAUGAAAGAAAUUGGUAAAAAUUCAAAUGGAUUACAGAUUUUAUAUACUGGUGAAUUAUUAAGAAGUUUUGCUAGAUUAUUAGUGAAGAAUGAUACUAUUAGUUUUCGUAUAUAUGAAGUUAUUGUGGAUGUUGCAAAAUCCUCAAAAGAAGGCCUAGAAGCAUCUGCUCAAUCAGGAUUUUUAAAUAGUUUAUUUGAUAUCCUUGAAAGUGAAGAUAUAUUGUUACAAGUAAAUGCAUUAGAAAUCUUGACACAAUUAGCAUUAACAGAAGAAGGAUUAAGUUAUUUAGAACAACAAGAUGUUAUAAGAAAAUUGGUUCAAAAAAUAGCUCAAGCCAAUGAAAAUCCAUUAUCAAAUUUAUUAAUUCCUGGAUUAAUGAAAUUUUUUGGUAAUGUUGCAUGUUAUUGGCCUAAUGAAAUAUUUUCAAAAUAUCCAAUUGUAGUUUCUGCAUUGUUUGAAGUAAUAGAAAGUGGAGAUCAAACUAUUCUUGGUGUUGCAUUAGAUACAUUGGGACAUGUUUCUAUGUGUGUUGAAGGUAAAUAUGCUUUACAAGCUCUGGGAGAUGCAAUGCCAUGUGCAUUAAAAAAAAUUGCUGAGAUAAUACAAAGAAUGCCUACAGCAUUAAGAAUUCGUGGGCUUAAUAAUUUAGCUCUUAUACUUACUAUACAAAAAAUAGAACAAGAUAAUAGAAUUUUAUCACUGACAAAAUCAUGGUUUGAUUCUCUGUGUGAUGAUCCAUUGGGUAUGAUUGUGGCAUUGUGUAGGCAACCAUUUGCAGAUAUUAGGCAAGCAGGUUUAGAAGUGAUGGCAGUUUUGGCAUCUCAAGUAUGGGGUCAAGAAUAUAUAUCUUCUUAUCCAGGUCUUGUAGAAUUUUUAUUAGACAGAAACAUUGAAUCUUUCAAAGAAUGUAAAGAAGCUAAAUACGAAGUUGUAAAGCAAUUAGUUGAAGCUGAACAAGAUAUAUUUGAUGCAAAUACAAUGCAAAGAUUUAGGGAGUUUGUAAAUCAAGGGCCACAUUAUGUUGAUAUCAAUACAGAAAUUGCAAUUGAAGGAGGUCCAUAAAUUAUAUUAUAUCAUUUUUACUUUUGUUAUUUUAUGUUAAAAAUAUUAGAAAUUAUCAACAUCUAUCAAAAACAUUGUAUAAGAUGGUCAAAUAACUUUUUCAAGUGAAAUUUUAACAAAACAUGCUAUUAUUUAUUUUCUAUAUGUUAUAUGUAUAAAUAAAAUGCAAUGAUAUACAAAUAAAAAUCUAAUUUUUCAUGUCAGGAAUACA